CUUGAGGCUGCACGACGUGCCCAUCCAGCGUGCGUGAUAGCCGCCUGGCGUGAGCAAUCAGGACUGGCUGUCAUGAGCCGCCUGCAUUUCUGAGGUGAGGUGUCUGGCGUGGAGACGAUAAUGCAAUCUCGCGGCAGCGCUUCAUUCGCGAGCUUAACUACGGUGGAACCGCCCUCUCGGUAUCAAGCCAACUCGAUGGUUCACCCAAGGCCAAAAGCAUGCAGAGCAAUGUCCUCUCAUUCCCAGGCCACCCAUGCGGCUUCCGUAGGUAUAUCUCUCUUAUAACCGACCGAUCCUCAUGUGUGCCGUUCCGUGUACGAGUGCUAGCUAUGUCCACCACUCGCGAUGGUGAUGUGACGACGAGCACCCUACAGAGCAUCUUCUCGCUCCGUCAGCGUCUAGACGCCGCCUGCCACGCGAGCCUAGUCCUCGACAACUAUGGCAACCACCUGGCCAAGAACAGCCUCAUUCACUGCCAAGAAUAUUUGAAUCUAUGGAUCGAGGAGCACGUUGGUCGUACGUCCGAAGGUCGUAAAUUUCGAGACUUCGCGGCGAGGAACGAGGACAAGGUGCGCUGGAUUCGCGAGAUAAUAGAGGAAGCAAGUCUUCUCAUGCUCCAUUGCGAGUGCAAGUUGGGCAUCCCUCAAAGUUCUGUUCCUCAAGCCAACCGCAUCGUUGAAGACGACGUUCGCCACGACUGCUUCCCCGCGCUCCAGACGUCGCUCGAAAAGCUGCAGCAACCAGAUACUUACAAGCCGCCUCUCAAUUUGACCGCCUCUAUCAUCCGACCGCUACCUCCUUCCAAUGCUCCCAGCACACCACCUGCCCCUUCCUCCCGUGUAGGCAGCUCCACAAGUCCUACGACAUCUGCUCGCGUGUCCCCGGCUUCGUACGAGGAGAUCACAACUCGCGAUGACAAAGUCUAUGUCAAACAAGAGCAGUCGGCGGACAUGAUGGAAACAGACUCUCAAGAUCGGUUUCACUAUCGGAAAGAUUCGCAUCUGGGGUCGCAAAGCGCGCCCAACGGUCGCUCGCCGGACGUGUUACCUCCAAUGCAAGAUCCGGCGGGUGAACCUCUGGCACAAAUUCCAAAUGCUGCUCCGUACUCGCUGAUAUUUCUGCAAAACUCUCCGCCUACGAAUGUUGCAUCCAAUACUCGUUCGCCAUAUGGGAACGAGCAGCAGACCGUGAUGAUGAGUCCUAACAUGCAUCAUCACCCUACCCUUCAUCCGCCUCUUUCGCUUGGGCCGGGCCCGACGAAUUUUUCUCCCGCCUCAGUGUUCUACGACUACCGGCCGCCUAGCAGAACGAACGGAUCUCAGCCUCAAGGCUGAAUUGUAUCAUCUCGUUAUGUUUCAAAGGCGCUACUUUUGGUUAAUACCGUUUUCGGAUAACCUCACGAGACUUUGCCGCACGCAACGACGUAUACAGGCUCAGCUCUCCGGCGGCAGCAACAUACGUACUCACCGAGUAUUUUUCUCUCCUUUCUAGUCGACAACAUAGCGGGCGUUUGAGGCUCUUUUCUUGUUCUCGAACGAACAAAAUCACGAUGGCAAAAGAAUCUUCAUGCGGUAUUAAGCAUGCAUGGUGCUCAUUCAGGAUGGGUUUUCUUAUUUUUGGCGGACGGUCUCCAUUGUGAUGAAUUCUAGUCGUGCUUAGGCGCCUUAUGGUUGUGGGUGAGUCACUCCUGAAUCCAGGACUUUUUUUUUAUAUGUCAUCUCUUAUUUAGAGGCGGGUUGGACUCAAAAGGGCACGGUUUUCUUAUCAUCUUUGGGGAUGUUUUUGGGGUAUCAUUGAAAAAUUUAUGUUUUUUGAUUAUGUCGCAACAGUUGCGGACCUUGCAGCCUUGACAAAGUGAAUUAUCGCUCUAUCCGUUGUUCUUGAUUGAAAUAUGAC